UUUCUGUGCUAACUGCACAGUUAACAUUAUGAAGCAAAUGUAGUCUACCCCGUGACAUCACUAGGCUAACACGGAAGUUCCGCCCUGUACAGUCAUCUUCAAUGGUGUGCCGACAGAUAGGGAAAUCACAUCUGGAAAAAACGCCUCUAUGGCUGAAAAAUAUUCCUCUACCACCCUCGCGAAAUACCUUGAUGGAGAAUUCUGGGAAGUUAAGGAUCAAAUUAGGAGAGAAAUCUCCAUCUGUGAAUUGUUUCAAUCAAACAGUUACGACCUCACUCUGGACGAGACAAGGGACUUGACAGUCGAGAGACUCCACUACUUUUUAAAACUGCCACUGAUACGAAGCCAGCUCAUAGACCAGGUAAAGGAAGAUGGCCAGAGGGGCUUUCUGGCUAAAAGCCUGGGAAUCACAGAGCUUCUGUGCUCUGCAGAUAUGGCAACUGGAGUAAAGUUGGGUGUCGUUUGUGGACUAUAUGGGGGUGCCGUCACCAACCUAGGGAGCUCAGUGCAAAAGGAGCGGUGGUACUUACCUGUGUCGGAGCUGAAGUUUACUGGGAUGUUUGCCAUGACCGAGAGAGGGCACGGGAGCAAUGUCCGUGGAAUCCUGACUGAAGCCCAUUAUCAACCUUCCACUCAGGAGUUCAUCAUCCACACACCAUGCGAGGAUGCUCAGAAGAUGUACAUUGGCAAUUCAAUGAAGGGAAACUUUGCCGCUGUGUUUGCUCAGCUUACUGUAAAUGGAGAGUCUCAAGGUCCGCACUGUUUCGUGGUCCCCAUCCGAGAUGAGGACAAGACCAUGCACCCUGGAGUCACCGCUAUUGACAUGAAGCACAAGGAAGGCCUUCAUGGAGUUGACAAUGGGAUACUGAUAUUCAACAAAGUUAGGAUACCACGGGAAAACCUUCUUAACAAGUUUGGUACAGUUUCUGAGGAUGGAGUGUACUCCUCUCCGAUUCAGAGCAAGAGCAGACGCUUCAACGCCAUGCUGGCGGCUCUGACACCCACGCGCCUCGGCCUCACUGUCCAGGCCAUGGCAGCCAUGAAGUUGGGGCUCAUCAUUGCAGUACGCUACAGUCACAGUCGGAGACAGUUUGGGCCCAAGGACCAGGAUGAGGUGAAGAUCAUCGAGCACCAGACCCAGUACCUGAGACUCAUGCCACACCUGGCCGCUGCCCUGGCGCUCACCUUCACCACCAGUGUGUGUAUACAUGUCUCUCUCUGUGUGUGUGUGUGUGUGUGUGUGUGUGUGUGUAGGUAUGCAGCACGGCUGAUAGACGAUGCCCUGUUUGCGGGUCAGGACCUUCAGAGUGAUCGCUCCCUGCAGGCUCUAGUGGCCGGCCUGAAGGCCUACAGCACCUGGGAAAACUUGGCAUGCCUUCAGGAGUGCCGCGAGUGCACAGGGGGCAUGGGCUUUAUGAUGGAGAACAGGAUCCCAGCUCUGAAGUGCGACUCCGAUGUCUUUGUGACAUUUGAAGGAGACAAUGUGGUCAUGCUACAGGUGGUGGUGCGUGAGCUGCUCAGCCAGUACACCAAGCAGCUAGGCAACAACGUUGUGGCCGGCCUCAUCAGAACCUGGACCAGUUCCGCCUCAGACAGCCUCAGAACCAGUUUCCUUGGCUUCAAUGUGGAUAAAGUGGGUGAUCUGAGUUUCCUGCUGAAAGCUGUAAGCUAUCGGGAGAGAGUGCUGCAAAGAAGCUUGGCUACCAGGCUCUAUAAUAAGGUUGAGAAGAACAAAGACGAGUUUUUCGGGGCUUGGAACUCCUGUCUCCAUCAUGUCACCGGCCUGGCCUUGGCUCAUAUUCAUCGAGUGACAUUGGAGCAGUUUGCACUGGCUAUUCAAGAAUGCCAGGUUGCAGAAGACCACGCCUUGCUCACAAAAUUCUGCCUCUUGCACGGCACUGGUUUGGUGUACCAGGAGAGGGCUUGGUACCUGGAGCAUAAGUACUUGACCCCAAGCACUAGCAGACAGAUCCGCACCCAGCUGUUGGAGCUCUGCAAGUCUGUCAAGGAUGUGGCCUUGAAGGUGGUGUCGGACUUCAACAUCCCGGCGUGCUGCAUUCAGGCUCCGAUCGCUGGAGUGGCCAACCCGAGGGCCGAAUGGGCCUUCUAUUCCCAGCCGCAGAUUCCGUCAGCACAGAAAAUACUCUCGAAGCUCUGAGGCCGGCCAGAGUGGACGAGGGAAACCAACUAACUCACUACUAAUGUAUGACUGUCCAAACUGGACAUGCGAACAGGCCUACAUAUGUGGAAUUUUAACAUCUGUAAAGAUAGACUUUGUAUUAUGCCUCCGUUACCUUGUAAGACACCACGUGUGGAGUUAAUUAUAUAUUAAGUCAA